AUGACUAGAAUAACACACCUAGCGGCGCUCCACGCAGCGACAGCCCCGAUCGCAGGGGCCGUCACAUUUGCCGUUCCCAGCAAGGUCGGAACCGGAGGGUAUUCGUACGCACCGCUCGAUCCAGCGCCAGUCGGCAUCUCAUUCGAGUUCUUCGCCUUUCCGUCCUACUUCACCAACGUGACGGCGACCAACCAAUGCCUCUCGAACUGGAAGGACCUGACCGGGGUCUGGCCGCCCAUCCGGAUCGGCGGCACAACCCAGGACCGAGCGUCCUUCGACGCGUCAAGUUCGGCCUAUGUCGUGUACUCGGUCGCAAGCCCGGCCGACGCUCCGAUGACGCUGACUUUUGGGCCGAGGUUCAUGACACUGGCCGGCACAUAUCCCGGAAGUGUUGUGGUGGGCUUGAACCGGGGGAAGAACCGGAUCGACAACACCAUCGCUGCUGCCAAGGUCGCUGUGGCUGAAGUCAAGAACCUGCUGGCCAUCGAGCUCGGCAACGAGCCAGAAUACUACCCCAAAGACGGACAGCCCAUCGCCUCGGGGGUGACAUGGAACCCGGCCGCGGACGCAGCCUCCCAGAUCAGCUGGAACAUACGCGUGGGCAGCGCACUGGGCAAGAACAACAUCAUCCAAGCCGGCAACUGGAACCAACCACCACCCGAAUGGGGCGCGGCCCAGCUCAUCGCCCGCGAGAACGCCACGUCCCGCCGGUAUGUGCGGCACUAUGCCCACCACAACUACCCGGGCGGCAGCGUGCAGAAGCUGCAGACCCACUCGCAGACGGCGAGCAACAUCCACAGCAUGUUCGACGCCGACGUGGCCGCCGCGACAGAGUCCGGCAAGGAGUACGUGCUCGGCGAGACCAACUCGGUGUCGGGCGGCGGCGCGGCGGGCGUGUCACCGACGUUCGGCGCGGCGCUCUGGACCAUGGACUACGCGGUGCGCGCCGCGUCGCGCAACAUCUCGCGCGUCUACUUCCACCACGGCACCGUCGGCAACUGCCAGUACUGCUUCUGGGGCCGCUACAGCAUGGGCGCGCCCUACUGGGGCGCCACCGCCGCCACGGCCCUGCUGGCGCGCGCCCGGCACCUGGCCGCGCUGGAUGCCGGGACGAGCAACUACGCGGCGUACGCCAGCUUCGACGCCGAGGGGAGGCCCCUCCGGGUGUUGUUGUACAACUCGGAUUACUACGCCGGCGGCAGUGGGACCCGCACGAGUACGCUGACGGGGUUGAGUGCGCGGACGGUGAGGGCGAAGAGGCUGACUGCUCCCAGCGCCAUGGCCAGGGUCGAUAAAGGCGAGCGGGUCCUGUUUGGCGGGCAGUCCUUCACCGACGGGACGUGUGUCGUGUCCGGGACGGAGACGUUUGAGACGGCGGCGGUGCAGAAUGGGCAGGUGACGUUUGAUCUCAAGGCCACGGAGGCGUUGCUGGUUUAUCUGCAGUGA